AUUUUCAAAACAUGCUUGAAAAAUAAACAUUACUGUACAAAUGCGAAUAGAAUUCGUAAUAUUGAAGAAUAUGUAAAUAAAGUGAUAAAUAAUUGUUGUAUUUAUCGUAAAGUUUAUCAGUUUUUAAAAAUUACGAUAAAUAAUAAAUACCAUGGCUUCCUGCAGUUUGAAAUUAUUGUGCACCGCCCUGAGCAAAUUGAGGGUGGAUACAAUGGUGAUAAGGACCAACAGUUACUAUCAACCACCAAGAUAUCGUCCUCCUUAUUGGUAUAUGCCGAAAGAUAGAGUGAUGAGUGAAGACAUGCUAACACAAGAAAAUAAACAGUUUGUAGAAGAGGUUCUUCAAGAUAGACUUAGUGCUCAAGCUACUUUAGAGUCUCCUUUGGCAAAGGCUGAACCACAAGCAGAGGCUAUAUGGACACCAUAUACGCGAAGAACUGGAGUGAUAGCUCGAAAGAUAGGCAACUAUCCUCUGUGGUCUAAAGAUGGCAAGAAAAUGCACACAACUUUAUUACAGGUAGUGGAUAAUCAUGUAAUCAAGUAUAUCCCUCCUCAAGAAUUAAAUCCAAUGUUGGAAAGAAAGCCAGUUUAUCGUGAACAUGGGAGGAAGUUGGGCUGUUUAUUAGUUGGUGCUGAAACUGUUGAUCCUACUACUGUCACUAAGGAUUACUGUGGAUUAUUCAAUGCUGUGGGAAUGUUACCGAAGAAACAUCUCUUCCGGUUUUUUGUUUCACCAUCUGCUGUCUUACCUACUGGAACACCACUGUUUGCAACUCACUUCAGAGUUGGAGACUAUGUUGAUGUGAGGGCUAAAACUAUGGACAGAGGAUUUCAAGGUGUAAUGAAAAGAUGGGGUUUCAAAGGAAUGCCUGCUUCUCAUGGUGUCACCAAAACCCACAGAAGACCUGGUAAUAUUGGAGCUGGUGGAGAAAAGGCGCGCGUAUGGCCUGGUACCAAGAUGCCGGGCCAUAUGGGUAAUAGUUGGAGAACUCUGCGCGGUGUGAAAAUCCUCCGCAUGAAUACUAAACACAAUGUGCUAUGGAUGCUUGGAGUGGGUAUUCCUGGUGAAACUGGUGCGAUUUGCUAUUUAUAUGACACCAUACUACCAACUAAGAAGUUACAGACUUCUCCACCAUUUCCUACGCACCCACCUGCCGCCGACUUACCACUGGAAUACUAUGAUGAAUCAGUACAUCCAUUUGAAGAAUCCACAAUUGCUUUUGAAGAAACAUAGUAUGUUAGUAAUAUUUUAUGUAUAAAGAAUAUAGUUAGACAAUUA